CGACUUUAGUUUCCACCGACAAGUGCCAGAGCUAGUGCUUCAAAAUUUAAAUUAAAAUAACCGAAACAUAAGUAGUUCAACGGGCGUGAUUAACAAUCGACAUAAGUGAAUUCUGACCAAGCGUAAAAGAGUGUAUAUUAAAAAUUUCAAAAUGAGCGUUGAACAAUUUGAACAAGAAGUUCUUAAAGCCCACAAUACAUAUAGGGCCAAGCAUGGUGCUCCAUCCUUAAGUCUCAGCCCAAAGUUAAAUCAGUUGGCCUCCGAAUGGGCCCAGUAUUUGCUGUCAAUAAAUCGCUUGGAGCAUCGCCAAAACAGCGGAUAUGGAGAGAAUAUCUACAUGGCAUCUGGGGGAAAUUUAGAAGGCACCGAUGCAGUUCGAUCUUGGUACGAGGAGAUUAGAUACUACAAUUGGAAUAAUCCUUCGUUUCAAGGAAACACAGGGCACUUCACUCAGUUGGUUUGGAAGAGUUCCACUGAGUUGGGCGUCGGAUUUGCCAAAAGGGGAAAUACUAUCUAUGUGGUGUGCAAUUACAAUCCCCCUGGCAACUACAACAACAUGUUCAGGGAGAACGUAGAUCCUCCAAGGCAAUAAUUAUAUAUUCUAUCUAAACUUAACGCAUUCCAAAGAACUAAACUAAAAUGAAAAAUGUAAAAUGUUUAAAAGCCAAAUUAUCAAAAACAAAAACCUUAACAACAAACUAUCAUUCCAAAGAAUUCCAAAGACAAUUACUUACAAAAAAACAGCAAUGAAACCAAAGAAACCAAAGAAACAAAAGAAUUUUUCAAACAAACAAAUACAUUUUUUAUAUCGAAUUAUAGUUUAUAGUUUCUAAAAGUAUUGAAAAUAAACAUUUCAAUUUCAUUUUUAAAACACCAAGUUCGCAA